GACUGAGCACAGAUCACCAACGGAUUAAAAAGUGACCUUUGACCCAUCACCGUUCUCCCAGCAGCUCUGAGCCAAUGAGAUGUCAGAAUCUGGCCUUUAUAGAUUCGCUCUGGAGGUGAAUGUCUAUAUAUAUAUAUCUCCACUCAAAAGGCCUCCGUCCAUCACUGUCUUCAAAGAUCGGUCCAUUUCAGCCUUCAGCUGUGACUAUUUCAUCAUGUCUCACUCAGGUGUUCAGGGCAGCAUUGGGAGUCACCCUGCCAUUGGCCUGCACAAUCACAAGAUAUACCUCUAUGAAUAUGAAAACUUCCAAGGCCGCAGGAUGGACCUGUUUGGAGAGUGCCUUAAUCUGUGUGAGAAGGGUUUCGACAGAAUUGGCUCCAUCAGGGUGGAGUGUGGACCCUGGGUUGGCUACGAGCAGCAGAACAUGACUGGUGAGAUGUUCAUGCUGGAGAAGGGCGAGUACCCCCGCUGGGAUACCUGGUCCAACAGCUACCGGUGUGACCGCAUGAUGUCAGUCAGGCCCGUUCGAAUGGAUCCACAAGACCACAAGAUUUGUCUGUUUGAAUGUGCAAACUUUGAAGGCCGUAAGAUGGAAGUGUGUGAUGAGGAUAUUCCAAGCUUGUGGUCCUAUGGUUUCCAGGAUCGUGUCGCCAGCAUUCAGGUCACUGGUGGAACGUGGGUGGGUUACCAGUAUCCUGGCUACCGUGGCUACCAGUACGUGUUAGAACUGGGACCUUUCAAGCACUGGAACGACUGGGGAGCCCACCACCCCCAGAUCCAGUCCAUCCGCAGGGUGAGAGACAUGCAGACGCACCGCCGGGGCUGCUUUGAGCUGAACGCAUAGAAGAGUGAGACGGACUGGAAGUUGACAGGAGAAAUGCAGCGAAAGCUGAGAUCCGUUUGUGGAGGUUCUUCUAAAGGACAAUUAGACAUGUUUUGUUUCUUUUAUUACGCUCAAUGAAACAAUUGAAAGCAUGAAGGUCAGUGAAUCACUCUGUGAGAAAAGCCCCAGAAGGAACACUCACCCAUAAGACAGCAAAAAUAAAAAAUAUAUAUUUUGUCCUGUGUCUGAAUUGGGGUUGAUAGGGUAUUAAUAGCAUGUGUUAAAAGGUCGGGUUUUUUGCAUUAAAAUUACUUGAUUGAUAUUUUUACCUGCUUGCUUAUGCUACCCAAGCUGAAAUGAUGCCAAUGAUGCCUGUUCAGCAGGGUACUUCCCCCUCUCCGAGGAUCCACCAUGUUUCAAAAAAAAAAAGGUUAAUCACAGAGCACUACCAUGGACAGCUCUCAGAUCCGCUCUGCAGUAAGUUUGCAAGGCAGGGGGAGGCACUAUCUCCUCAUCUCCAAGAAUUAACCAGAGUGUCUCACAGUCAAAGGAUGGUAAGAAGAAAGCUGCGCAGGGUUGCGAUUGCUUGGAACUAAAACUUUUUUGCAGCUUGUUUCUGCCCACAUGGAUGGGGCUGUCCCGAAGUUUUGCAUUUUACAUUU